GCCUCUGAUCUGCAUUGCGGCGCUCAGAACCCGACGCGAGUAGACGCACGUCCCGACCGACCGACCGACCAGCGCAGAAUAGCGGAGUCAUGCUGCUUUUAGCUCUGCUUUUCGUCUCCUCAGCUGUAGCCACCCCUCUGCUGGGCACUGAGCAAUGUGCUCGUGGACCCCCCUACUGGUGUCAGAAUGUCAAGACUGCAUCCCUUUGCGGAGCCGUGACCCACUGCCAACAAAACGUGUGGAGCAAGCCCCAGAUGAAAUCAGUGCCUUGUGACCUAUGUAAGGAAGUGUUGACGGUGGUGGCACAGUUGUUGAAAGACAAUGCAACUCAGUCUGAGAUCCUGGAUUACCUGGAGAAGGCAUGUCAGCUGAUCCCCGAUCAGGGCUUGACUGCAGAGUGCAAGGAGAUGGUGGACAGCUACUAUCCCAUUGUCAUUGGAAUCAUCACUGGAGAACUGGAGGAUCCCGGCGUGGCAUGUGGAGCCAUGGGGCUGUGUCACUCUCAGCAGGCAGCCCUGGCCACACUCCAGGAGCAGUUUGAGUCCAAUGAGAUCCCACAGGUGGAUCUGUCCCAGAACGUGGCCCCCUUCCUCCUCAAUGUGCCCCAGCUCCUCUAUCCCCAGCAGAGCCCCAAACAGGAGGACCCCAAACAAGAAGCUUCAAAGCAGGACGAGGGUGACAUGUGCCAGGACUGUGUCAACUUUCUGACUGAUGCUCAGCAGCAGGCUAAGGAUAACUCCACAUUUGUCAGCUCCCUCAUUGAGCAAAUUGAAAAGCAAUGUGACCUGCUCGGGCCUGGCAUUUCUGACCUGUGCAAGCAGUAUGUCAGCCAGUAUGCUCCCAUCGUUGUUGAGCAGCUCAUGUCUAUGCAACCCAAGGAAAUUUGCGCCUACGCUGGCUUCUGUACUGCUAUGAAGAAGUCUUCCCCCAUGCUUAAACUGCAGGCUCCCAAGAUUAAGCCUGUUGCCAAAAGCGUCCCUGCUCUCAAAAUGUUCCCUGCCACCAAAGUGGAGUCUGCUCCCACCAAGACCAUUGUGCGUGCCCACAGCUCCCCCCAGUGUAGCAUCUGUGAGUUUGUAAUGAAGCAGCUGGAGAGCAUGCUGGAGGACCAGGCGACAGAGGAGGAAGUGCUUCAUGCAGUGGAGAAGGUGUGCACACUGCUUCCCGCCACUGUGAGUGCCCAGUGUCAAGACUUGAUCGAGGCCUAUGGUCAGGCCAUCAUUGAGCUGCUUGUUCAGCAGGCUGACCCAAAGACUGUCUGCACAGUGCUGGGGCUCUGCAAGGAUGCCAGCCGUUUAUACACCCUCCCAGUAAACCAGGACCGCUUUAAGGCCGGUGGGUACUGUGACGUGUGCAAGUUGGCUGUCCGCUACGUUGUCGACAUGCUGGAGGAGAAUGCUACCCAGUCAGAGAUCGAGGAUGUCGUGAGGAAAGUGUGCAACUUCCUGCCCGAGUCUGUCCGCAGCGAGUGUGACCAGCUGGUUGAACAGUACGAGCCGAUACUUGUCCAGGUGCUUCUCCAGAUGCUGGAGCCAGACUUCGUAUGCAUGAAAAUAGGAGCAUGCUCUGAAACUGUGCAAAGGCUCCUGGGAACGGAGCAGUGCAGCUGGGGACCUGCGUUCUGGUGCAAGAACAUGGAAACGGCCACUCGAUGCAACGCGGUGGCUCACUGCAAACGUCACGUGUGGGUAUAGAAGAGGACGAAGAGGAGGGAUGGAAAAGUCUGACCUGUAGGGAAUUACAACAGAAAUGACUGUAGUGCUGCUUCUCAGUUUUAAUAAAUUUGUCCUGUUUCCUUUUUAAAAUGAAAUCGACUUAACUUCAAUUUGUUAAAGUGAUUUUGAUGCAUAUUUUGGAAGGCACUGCAGGGAAAGGAACUUGGGACUGUUUUUUUUUUUUUAGGGGGAACAAUGUUAAUUAAAUAUAAAGUGCUCGAAAACUGCUUGUUUUGGUUACCGCUUCACUUAGAAAAUAAGACUAAACUGUCAUUGUAGGUCUUUGCAAAUUUGCAGAAGUUGGGCUGUACUGACAUUUUGUGUGUGUAUGUGCAAGCACAAUAUUUCAGAAAACAAAAGGUAAGAUGUGUGUAUAUAAACUGCUGUCUACCAGAUGGGUCUCUAUACCACAGAUAUGUGUGCUUCUCUUCUCCCUGUAAGAGUUCAUGGCGAAAAACUGCUUAUUGUAAAAACCAGGCCAAGAUGUGGUUUUAGCCGUCUCACCCUAGAACAAGUGAAUUUAUAUUUUGUAGACAGCUUUGACUUCUACUCGUGUGUGCGUGUGUGUGUGCGUGUGUGUGUUCUAGGAAGUUGAUAUGGAAGUAAAGAUGUGUCCCUAGCUUGUAACCCCUCUCCCGCUAUCUUGUCAUUUGCACUCUGCGACUCAGUUUGUACAUUUCUAACAUGACUCUAAGCAGCUUGUGUCCGGUCACAGUCUGCUUCAUGUACUGAAACAUUUGUCAGGUGAUCUGCAAAAUUUUUAAAAGUUGAAUUAAAAUAUCCAAAUCCA